GGCGGAGUCGGCCGGAGCCUCCUCCUUCUUCCCCCUUGUUGUCCUCCUGCUAGCCGGCAGCGGCGGGGCCGGGCCCCGGGGGAUCCAGGCGCUGCUGUGUGCGUGCACCAGCUGCCCACAGAGCAACUACUCGUGUGAGACGGACGGGGCCUGCAUGGUCUCCAUCUUCAACCUGGACGGCAUGGAGCACCACGUGCGCACCUGCAUCCCCAGGGAGGAGCUGGUCCCCGCCGGAAAGCCCUUCUACUGCCUGAGCUCAGAGGACCUGCGCAACACGCACUGCUGCUACGCCGACUUCUGCAACAGGAUCGACCUCCGCGUGCCCAGCGGACACCUCAAGGAGCCCGAGCACCCCUCCAUGUGGGGCCCCGUGGAGCUGGUGGGCAUCAUCGCUGGCCCCGUCUUCCUCCUGUUCCUCAUCAUCAUCAUCGUCUUCCUUGUCAUCAACUAUCACCAGCGUGUGUACCACAACCGCCAGAGACUGGACAUGGAGGACCCGUCCUGCGAGAUGUGUCUUUCCAAAGACAAGACGCUCCAGGACCUUGUCUAUGACCUGUCCACGUCGGGGUCUGGCUCAGGGCUACCCCUGUUUGUCCAGCGCACGGUGGCCCGAACCAUUGUUUUACAAGAGAUCAUCGGCAAGGGCCGCUUCGGGGAAGUAUGGCGGGGCCGUUGGAGGGGUGGUGACGUGGCCGUGAAAAUCUUCUCCUCCCGAGAAGAACGCUCCUGGUUCCGGGAGGCGGAGAUCUACCAGACAGUCAUGCUCCGCCAUGAGAACAUCCUGGGAUUCAUUGCUGCUGACAAUAAAGAUAAUGGAACCUGGACCCAGCUGUGGCUUGUCUCUGACUAUCACGAGCAUGGCUCCCUGUUUGACUAUCUGAACCGGUACACGGUGACCAUUGAGGGCAUGAUUAAGCUGGCCCUGUCCGCAGCCAGCGGCUUGGCACACCUGCAUAUGGAGAUUGUGGGCACACAGGGGAAACCUGGAAUUGCUCAUCGAGACUUAAAGUCAAAAAAUAUCCUGGUGAAGAAGAACGGCAUGUGUGCCAUUGCAGACCUAGGCCUGGCUGUGCGCCACGACGCCGUCACCGACACCAUCGACAUUGCUCCAAAUCAGAGGGUGGGGACCAAGCGGUACAUGGCUCCCGAGGUCCUUGACGAGAGCAUCAACAUGAAGCACUUCGACUCCUUCAAGUGUGCCGACAUCUACGCCCUUGGCCUCGUGUACUGGGAGAUUGCUCGGAGGUGCAAUUCGGGAGGAGUCCAUGAAGAGUACCAACUGCCGUAUUAUGACCUGGUGCCCUCCGACCCGUCCAUUGAGGAAAUGCGGAAGGUCGUCUGUGACCAGAGGUUACGGCCCAACAUCCCCAACUGGUGGCAGAGCUAUGAGGCCUUGCGGGUGAUGGGGAAGAUGAUGCGAGAGUGCUGGUACGCCAACGGCGCCGCCCGCCUCACGGCGCUGCGCAUCAAGAAGACGCUGUCCCAGCUGAGCGUGCAGGAAGACGUGAAGAUCUAAGCUGCUCCGCCUCACACACCCUGGGCAGUGAGGGUGGCUGUAGCCCCGGGCAGGUGGCGUGGAGGCCUACCUCUUGUUUCUGCCCAGCCCUCUGGCCAGAGCCAUGGCCUGCAAGAGGGACAGAGCCGGGAGAUGCACACACUCCCACAUUGGGUUUGAGACACAGACACUUUUUCUAUUUACCUCCUGGUGGCAUGGAGACUCUGAGAGAAAAUUAUGUAGAAAACUCGAUGCCACGACUCAAACUGCUUGCGGUGGGAAGUAGAGAAAGCCCAGUGCACCUGGCAUGUAGCCAGGAGUGGUGGCGGGCGCUGGGCUCCCAGGAGCAGCCCCUGUCCUUGUGGUCCCCUGGGCUGCAGGUUUUCCUCCAGGGACCAGUCAGCUGGCACCAGGGUAUUCAGAGAAACCAGAGUGUCACCGCCCUCCCACAGGCAGCCCUGAGCCACGCCUUCCCCUUCUCCUGGUGGACAUCUGAGGGACUGCCCUAGAGACACAACCUGCUGCCUGCCUGUCCAGCCCGGUGUGCAUGUGCCGAGGUGUGUCCCACGUUGUGCCUGGUCUGUGCCACGCCCAUGUGUGUGCAAGUAACUGUGUGUGUGUGUGUGUGUGUGUGUGUGCGCGCACGCGCGCGUCUGUAGGUGCACACUUACCUGCGGAGCUUUUUGUGCAUGUGUAGGCCAGGUGUGGUGGCCUGCUGUCUCCGAGUGCCGCCGCUGCUGCUGUCACAGUGAGCAGCAUCCGGUGUCCUCCUGACGGUCUCGUGUCUCAGGCCCUCUUCCCAGCAGGCUGCCUGUCCACCCUGUGUCACGGCUCUCCUCUCCGUUUCACACCACAACCAAAGCUGGCCCACGAGUCCGUGGUAGGAGAGGCGUUGGGGCGGGAAAAGCAGGGGAAGAAUGUCAGGAAGCCUGGGUUGUGUUUCAGCAUCAGCCUCGAGAACGAGCCAGCCCAAGGGCUUCUUCCUCAGCAGCCGGGAGGAAGGGCCGAGGAGUCCCAAGCCAGAUCUUGGGACUCGGAUUGGAAUGUCACAUCUGUCUGUCCCACCCCAGAUUCUGCAAGCCGCAGUGUAUAUUUUUGGUGGUGGUGGCGGUGGUGGGUUUGGGGUGGGGAGGGAUGGGCCGCAGGGGGUGGGGAGGGAGGUUGGGGGGACAGAGGCAUCUGCAUGGGCCUUCUUGUACUGGAUUCUGAUCAGGGUAGAGAAAAUGAGCGAUUCACAUGCUUCAGGGUCCACACUGGAGGGAGCGCCGAGCUGGCUGUGCUGUUUGACCAGGCGUGGUAGUUACGGACUCUGGAAGCCUGCUGUGGGUGGGGAUUUGGUCAGCGUAUCUUAGGUAUAUGAUAACUGAAGCCAUAACUUUUAACUGGAGCGGUUUAUUUUAAUUCAUUUUAUUUUAUUUUGGGGGGGGAGGGUCAGGAUUUUAACUUUAAUACCAUUAAGUUUUGUAAAAGGAAAACCAUCUCUAUGUGACAAUUACCUCUUAGAAAUCCCUAAAACCAACAAAAUACCACAAAAAUUCUCUAAAAUCAAGUGCACAUAGUUCAGUCACUGGAAACAUUUGUCUUUGCACCUGAGCCUGUUCCCACUGAGCACUGAGUUCCUCUUCCCUCCGGGGGCUUGUAUUCCAUGCUCACCCUGUCCAUGCCCCUCAGCCCUGUGUGCAUUCUCCCGCCCGCCUGCAGCCUCUGCAGACAUCGGCUCAGCAAAUUUGGUUUGUGUGCCUGCCGAGUGCUGGGCCCGGGAGGACCCCUAACCGUGAGACAGGCCUGCGCACUGCCCCUGGAGCAUACAAAGAAGAGCUGAAUCGAGCGAAUGGCCAGGGCCCACCUUGAGACCAGAAGUGCUCACGCUGGUCCUCAGAGCCUUUGUGAGCUAGAAUCACCAUUCUUAAGUAAGACCACUGAGGAAAGGGAGGGGAGCCUGUUUCCCGCCUGGAAAGACAGUGGUGGUGAGCAGUGAGACUGGAGUUGAGAGACCCAGGUGGAGUGCGUUCAUUGUGAUAGAAUGCAGGCCAGCUUCCAGCCGCCUCCUGCCUUGGUCUCCCGUGUUCUAGCCUUUCUAUUUAUUUCCUGGUGUAUAACUUCUUCCCUUGCAUUAAAGGGAUCUUCCUUUAAUUCUUUGGGCCAAUUUACUGGCCGUUGAACAGUUUCCCUUGAGUCCCAGCUGUGCCGUUGGGAGCCUCUGUACCCACCCUGCUGACCUACCCCUGCAGCGAGUUGUCACGGUUACAGGUGGUGAUGUUACGUGCCAGCAGACACCCCGCAAUGACCCCCAUGCCGCUGGACUGCUCCUACGGGCCCGUCUGCCCUCAGAUAGUCCAGCUCGUCCGCCUCAGGAGACUUGAGCAGGUUUGGGGAAAUGCCACUCCCAUUGCACCACUCUGCAUUAGGCUGAAGCUGUGGUUUGGCGCCCUGAGGCUUCCCUGACCCCCAGGGCAGCCUGCACCUCUGGAUUCUGGAUUCACAGACCAAGUCCAAGCCCGUUCUUCAGCCGCCGCCAAGGCCCCUGAGCGGUAUUCUCGGUACUUCUGUUUGGUUUUUGUACAAUUUAUUAGAAAGGACUGUAAAAUAGCCACUUAGACACUUUACCUCUUCAGUAUGCAAAUGUAAAUAUGUUGUAAUAUAGGAAAUUUUGUUUUAAUAUAAGAACGAGCCUGUCCAGUUUCUGCUGUACAUUAUUAAAGUUUUAUUCACAGA